AUGGCCGCCAGCGUUGCCGACCCAAACCGAAUCCUAAGCAUUCAAUCGCAUGUGGUUUCCGGCUACGUCGGCAAUCGAUCUGCCACAUUCCCCCUACAGCUCCUCGGUUGGGACGUCGAUGUCACCAACACGGUUCAGUUCAGCAACCACACGGGAUACGGACGAUGGGGAGGUCUACGAUUCGAUGCCUCGCACCUAUCGGACAUCUUUUCCAACCUUGAUCGAAACGGUCUGUUGAGGUACUCACGGAUGCUUACUGGGUACAUGCCUUCCGCAGCUGUGGUACAGACCGUGUUGGAGCUGGUCAAGAAACUUCGUUCGAGGCAAGUUGCGGAUGAUGGAGGAUUGAUUUAUCUAUUGGACCCAGUGAUGGGUGAUAUGGGAAGAGGCAUGUAUGUGGCACAAGAAGUGCUGCCUAUCUACAGAGAAAUGUUGCAAUACGCGACGAUCAUCACACCAAACCAGUUCGAAGCACAAGCGCUGACCGAUAUCGAGAUCGUCGACCUCAAGUCGCUCAAAAAUGUGCUCCUCACCCUCCACAAGAAGCACAGAGUUCCUCACGUCAUCAUCACCUCGAUCGAGCUCCCAGAUCACGACCUUGCUGCCAUUGGUGCACACAGGAACAUGCCAGAUGGCCGACCUGCGAUGCUUCAAGUCGGCUCGAGCUGCGAAAUUCACCUCGAGCAAGGCGAACGUCAGGAGCCCAAGUUGGAAGCACAAGAUCUAAACAUUUGGUCGAUCCAAUUUCCUGAAGUGCAAGGCUACUUUUCCGGCGUUGGCGACAUGUUCGCUGCAUUGACACUGGGAAGGUUUCACCCAGAAGCAUCUACAUCAGCACAAGCAAACCAGUCAGCAAACGAGCUCACGCCGAUCGCAAAAGCAAGCGAGCUGGCCAUCGCCAGUCUUCAGGGAGUACUCAGCAACACCUGUCGGGUGAUAGACCAGUUGGAGACCGAGUCGAAUGCUGAUACGGAUGCGGAAGGCAACGACGGAGCGCAGGCAAAAGUGGAUAGGAUGAGGAGGAGAGAGUUGAGAGUUGUGCAGAGUAAGAACGAGAUUGAAUCGCCCACCAUUGCGUACCGCGCAAAGUGGAUCACCAGCUAA